CGACCACGGCACACCACCAUGCAACGAUCCAUUCGAGUGUCCAUUGACCGCGGCGGCACCUUCACAGACGUCUACGCAGAGAUGGGGACCUCAGCCAGCGACGUGCAAGUCAAAGUAAUCAAGCUCCUGUCAGAAGACCCUGCCAACUACCCCGACGCCCCUCGGGAAGGGAUUCGUCGCAUUUUAGAAGAAUUUACGGGCAUUCCUCAUCCUCGCAAUCAACCCGUGGACACCUCGCGGUUGGAAUACAUCCGCAUGGGGACAACAGUGGCGACUAAUGCGUUGCUCGAGCGCAAUGGGGAGCGCACCGCGCUUGUCAUCACAAAAGGCUUCCGCGAUUUGCUCUAUAUUGGCAACCAAUCUCGCCCCAAAAUUUUCGACCUGGAAAUCACGUCGCCCGAUAUGCUGUACGAGGAAGUGGUGGAAGUGAACGAACGCGUGCAGCUCGUGUUUGAGAACGACCGCCGACCCACCGACAUCCGCGGGGUCAGCGGCGAUUACGUCCGCGUCUUGGGCCCGCUCGACCUCGUCGACCUUCGCGCGCAACUUUCGGCCGUGCGCGCCAAGGGGAUCAAGAGCGUCGCGGUUGUGCUCGUGCACUCGUACACGUUCACCCAACACGAACAACAGAUCGGAUCGUUGGCGCAUGAACUUGGCUUUUCCCAGAUCUCGUUGUCGUCGGAGAUCAUGCCCAUGAUCAAGAUGGUGCCGCGCGGGUUCACGUCGUGUGCCGAUGCGUACCUGACCCCUGUCAUCAAGGACUAUUUGCACUCGUUUUGCUCGGGCUUUGACUCCAACUUGAGCGACGUCAAGAUCAGCUUUAUGCAAUCCGACGGUGGACUCACCCCCAUGUCGUCGUUCUUUGGGAACCGCGCCAUCUUGUCCGGUCCUGCCGGCGGCGUCGUCGGGUAUGCUCGCACAACCCGUCCUCCUCGUCUUCCGGCGCCGUUGCCAGUCAUUGGAUUCGACAUGGGCGGCACCUCCACCGACGUGUCGCGCUACGACGGCACGUUCGAGCACGUGUUUGAAAGCGUGACGGCCAACGUCCCCAUCCGCGCCCCUCAGCUGGACAUCCAAACGGUGGCAGCGGGCGGCGGCUCUCGCUUGUUUUACAAGAACCAGCUGUUCGUCGUGGGCCCCGAAAGCGUGCGCGCACACCCAGGCCCCGUGUGCUACCGCAAAAACGGCUACCUCAGUGUCACCGACGCGAAUUUGGUCACGGGGCGCAUCGUCCCCCAGUUUUUCCCGCACAUUUUCGGCCCGUUGGAGAACGAGCCGUUGGACGUGGAAGGCACCCGCAAGGCGUUUCAAACGCUCUCGGACGAAAUCAAUGCGUCCCAACAGACGGCGUAUUCCGUGGAAGCGAUUGCGUCGGGCUUUUUGCGUGUCGCGAACGAAGCCAUGUGUCGCCCGAUUCGAAACUUGACCCAGAUGCGAGGAUUUGACAUUACGACGCACGUGCUGGCGUGCUUUGGCGGCGCCGGACCGCAACAUGCGUGCUCGAUUGCAAAGGCCCUCGGGAUGAGCAAAGUGUACAUUCAACGAUACAGCGGUAUCUUGUCUGCGUACGGAUUGAGCUUGGCAGACAGCGUCAUUGACAAGCAGUGGCCUGCGUCGUGCCCGUACGUUGCGUCUGAAAAGCCGUCGUUGGUGGCCAAACUGCAAUCGCUGGCGUCGGUUGUGUUGGCGGACCUCAAGGCCGAAGGGUUUGACGAAACCCAUAGCACGUUGGAGUACUUUCUCAACCUCCGUUACGAGGGCACGGACACUGCGCUGAUGACGCGCGCGGUGCUGCCUGCGGGCACGACCGUACAAGCUGGCCUGUUGGCGUUUGACUUCGACACGGCAUUCACGACCAAGUACCAGCAAGAGUUUGGGUUUCUGCUCCAUGCGCGGUCCGUGCUGGUCGACGACAUUCGCGUCCGGGGGACGUUUUCGCCGCCAUCCAACUCGCAAUCGACCCCCACGACGAUUUCAACCACGUCGGCCUCGCCCCAUGCGACGACGCCGCUGUACUUUGACGAACUCAACGCGUGGAAACCCGUGCCCGUGUACUUGCACUCGGAGAUGCUCCACACGCAAACGGUGGUACAAGGGCCGGCCAUCAUCAUGCAAAACCAAGCCACGGUGGUCGUGGAAUCGGAAUGGACGGCCGAAAUCUUGCCCAAUGGCGACUUGUACCUGUACUUGUCGGCUCCGUCGUCGGCCCUGGCAGACCAAGUGCACGACCAAGACGUGGCCCCAGUCGUCGUGAUGGACCCGAUCCAAUUGUCUGUCUUUUCCCAUCGCUUCAUGGGUAUCGCCGAACAAAUGGGGCGUACGUUGGCGCGCACGUCCGUGUCUGUCAACAUCAAGGAACGAUUGGACUUUUCCUGCGCGUUGUUUGGGCCGGACGGCGGGCUCGUCGCCAACGCCCCGCACUUGCCCGUACACUUGGGGGCGAUGCAGCAAGCCGUGAAAUUUCAAAUGCAACAUUGGGGCCACGACAUUGUCGAAGGCGACGUGCUCGUGUCCAACCAUCCGCAGUUGGCGGGGGGUAGUCACUUGCCAGACAUUACCGUGAUGACCCCCGUGUUUGAAAGCGGGCGCAUCGUGUUCUUCGUCGCGAGUCGCGGCCACCACGCCGACAUUGGCGGGAUUGCACCGGGUUCGAUGCCCCCGCUGUCCAAAACGCUGACGGAAGAAGGCGCGGCGAUUGUCGCGUUCAAGUUGGUGGAUGGGCGGUCGGGCCAGUUCCAAGAGCAAGGGAUCACUGACAUUUUGCUGCAAAAAGGCAAAGUCGACUCGAACGGCCGCCCUGCGAUCGGGACGCGCAACCUGCGUGACAAUCUGUCUGACUUGAAGGCCCAAGUGGCCGCCAACCAGCGCGGCGUGCUGCUCAUGCACGAUUUGAUUGCCGAGUAUUCGCUCCAAGUCGUGACGGCGUACAUGUACUUUAUCCAGGAAUCGGCCGAAAAAGCCGUGCGAAACAUGCUGCACACGUUCUCCCUCGCGCAACAUCUGCCCGAAGUCGGUAGCGUGUCAGCCGAAGACUUUAUGGACGACGGCACGCGCCUCGCGCUCAAGAUCACCAUUGACCGACGCACCGACAGCGCAAUCUUCGACUUCACCGGCACGGGCGCCGAAGUGUACGGCAACAUCAACGCCCCGCCCGCGGUCACGUACUCUGCGAUCAUUUACUGCUUGCGAUGCCUCUUGGACGGCGACGAUUUGCCGUUGAACCAAGGAUGCCUCACCCCCAUCCAAGUCAUCUUUCCUGAGAAUGGCAGCAUCCUCAACCCGAGCUCGACGGCCGCUGUCGUCGGCGGCAACGUCACCACGUCCCAGCGCGUCACGGACGUCAUCUUCCUCGCGUUUCGCGCAUGUGCAGCGUCCCAGGGCUGCAUGAACAACCUCACAUUUGGCUCGUCGACGCUGGGCGGGUACUACGAAACGAUCGCGGGCGGGGCGGGUGCCGGCCCCCACUGGCACGGCCGCAGCGGAGUCCACACCCACAUGACCAACACUCGGAUCACCGACCCCGAAAUUCUCGAGAAGCGGUACCCAGUCUUGUUGAAUGCGUUUGGCCUGCGCCAAGGGUCGGGCGGCGUCGGCAAGUUUGCCGGGGGCGAAGGAGUUCACCGCGAGCUCAAAUUCCUCGUGCCCAUGACUGUGAGCAUCUUGUCGGAGCGACGAGCAUUCCAACCGUAUGGCUUGUACGGGGGGGGACCUGGUGCCCGAGGUCACAACUUGUUGACGUACACGGAUGGCCGAACCAUCAACUUGGGCGGGAAGAACACGGUGGAGGUGCUAGCAGGCGAUAUACUCACCAUCUUGUCACCGGGCGGGGGCGCUUAUGGUGCCGCCACGCCUUAACAUUCACAAAACAUAUAUAUGUUCAACUCUGUAUGAUUCAUUCGUCAAGUCCACUGUGUUCCAACGUUAUGACACUUCGCAUUCCCGUACCAGUUUGAGGCUAUGAAUAUAGUACACUACUG